CGCCGCCUGACCUAAGCGGGAGUUCUUUCUCUGCCUCGCGCGCUUGCGCCGUGGGAAGCUCUUCGAGGAGGCGGAGGCGGAGGAAUAGGAAGCCGCGAUUGGGGCCGCCGAAGCUCGGGCUGCGAGCGAGCAGGGCCGGGAAGUGGCCCUCGGGGCGGGCUGCUGAUCGGGGCGGCUGCAAGAUGAGCGCCGCCAGGGAGUCCCAGCCUGAGCGCGGCCACGGAGUGAAGCGAGCGGCCUCCCCCGAUGCCACCUUCUGUCUUGCAGCUUGGAUCUAGCAGCUGGGAGGCAGCAGACCUGGGUAAUGAAGAAAGAAAGCAAAAGUUCUUGAGACUUAUGGGUGCUGCAAAGAAAGAGCAUACUGGCCGCCUUGUUAUUGGAGACCACAGAUCAACUUCUCAUUUUAGAACAGGGGAAGAAGACAAGAAGAUGAAUGAUGAGCUAGAAACUCAGUUCCAGCAAAGCAUGGAUAGCACCAUGUCAGGAAGGAACCGGCGGCAUUGUGGACUCGGCUUCAGUGAGUUUGAAGAAGACAAGGGAGAUCCAGAGGAUACAAGAGACUCUCUGGAGCCAGAAAGCUCAGAGGACUCGGAAAGUGAUUCUGAGUCUGAGCAAGAAGAGGCUGCAGAAUCUACUGAAAAGCACAGCAAUGCUGAAGAUCCUCAAGCUAAGAAAAAUUCAAAAAGCAACUAUAAAAUGAUGUUUGUUAAAUCCAGUGGUACAUAACUACAGAUCAAAUCUGCCUUUAAGCAAAGUAAGCCUUAUGGUUACAGUGCAAAGUAUUGGACUGCUCACAGCACAGACCUUUCUAUUAUGGUUUGAAUAAGGCCCUUUUAGAGAGAGAAUAGUGUUUGCUUUUCCAUCGCCAUGAAACUAUUUUUAUCAGCAUGACUGUAUCCAUUUUGUUUUGUAAAGUAUGAAAAUAAAAUUGGACUGGUUGUGGGGAGGGUGCAAGUUAGUUCUCAAUCCCCUUUUACAUUAUUCUUCUGUCCCCCUUCCUAUUCCAUGAUGGCUAUCAAACCUUUCUUAAGCUUGUUAAAAUGAUUUAUCGAAAUGAUA